CCUGUGAAGUUGUGGAUUAGUGAAACAACAACAAAAUAAUCCAAUCCCUCUGAGUCAGUGUGACACCCACCACAAAAAGACGUUUCGGGAUUUUUUGUGUUUUUUUUUUGUUGUCUUCUUCUUGUAUUACUAUUGUACCGUUCGGUAGAGAUAUUUUUAAAUUAUAAAUUAAUAAAACUUCUCGUGCUUCGGCACCUCAAAAGAGAACAUCCUAAACUUUCCAUUAUUUUUCUUAUUUAUUAAUAGUUGAAGAGAAUUUUUGCAGAUGUGCCUUCGUGUUUGUUGAAUAUACACUAAAGUUUUUAUUUUUUGUUGUUAAUUUGCAUAAAUUAAAUUUAGAAAAAAAAAUUUUUAAACGAAAUUUUUAUGUUAAAGUGGAUUUUACUUUCAUUAAUUUGAAUAAAAAGAAAUUCAAAUUCAUAAAUAGAGAUACAGAAAUUCUCAAAAGAUACAAACCAAAACGAAAAUAAGUUUAAAAUUUGUGAAAACUGAAAUUAUAAUUUAUACAUCAGAAGAUAAGAAUCGAUAUGAAGUUGCAUUUAGUGUUAUUGGGCACUUGUUGCCUGUUUGUGGCCACAAACUCUCAAGGAUAUAACAAUAAUAGGGUGCUAAAUGAUGUGAAUGCUCAAUAUCGUCGACCUGUUACUACACAACAACACAUUCUUUCCGAUGUGCAACAACAUCAGCAGAGGUACAACAACCAGCAGCAGCAGCAACUACAACAACAACCCAACUUCUUUGUCCAACAAAAUCCAAGUUUGGACAUUCAACAAAGAAUACAAAAUCUACCACAGCCACUUCGAUUUACGCAAAAUAUUCAACAGCAACAACAACAACCACAAAUACAACAACAGCAACAGCAGCAACAACAACAACAGCAAAUUUUAAGGGCACCAACAACCAGUAUUACUCCACAACAGGAUUCACUAAUCGGAUUUGUACCAAACUACGUUAGUAAUCCUCAACUUCUUCAAUCACAACCCCAACCACGACCUCAACAACAACAGCAACAACAAUUCCAGCGAUCAGUGCACAAUCAAAUUCAACAAGCACCUUUUCCAACAAUUUCAAUUCCAACACCAGGAGUUCCACAACCACAAGGCACAUCUGAUAUCCACACGCAGAACUUUCUGACUCUGAGGAAUCUGGGUCCCCAAGUUGGUCCUCAACAAAGUCUCCCCCAGAGGUCUUUCAGUAAUACGCUUUACAAUCCAUUACAACCACAAUUCCAACAUCAAUCUCAACAACAACCCCAACAACAACAACAGCAACAACAAUAUCAACAACCAAUUGAACAACAGUUCUCAACUACACCUCAAUUCCAGCAGAACCAGAAUAUCCGCCCGACAGCUCAAACCGAACAAAAACUCCCUCGACAAGACGCCAAUCAACAAUUCUCUACAUCUCCACAAGCUAUAUUUAACAAUCAAGCUUACAAUCCACAACCAUCACAGCUGCCAGCUUCUUCAUUGCUUCCAUAUAUUCCACAACCACAACUUCCGCCUCAGAACCAACAACAACAACAACCUCAACAGAUUAUCUCUCGGCCACAGCAACAUCCACAUUAUACAAACCUCCCCGAAAUACCACCUUUUGAUACUCCAGUUGUGAGCCCUGAACAGGAAUACAAACAGAAGUUGAUUCAGAAACACGAACAAUUCGUCCAGAAACAAUAUGAAAAGUCUCAAAAUAAAGUCAAGCAGCUUCAUGAGGAUUUCGUUCAUAAACAACACACCAUCAAGCAGGAUGUUCCUUUGAGGCAUUCCCAACACCAAUCUCAAGGUGGCCCACCUCGCAGUCGUCCCGUUUAUGCCUCUGAGCUGAAUCAGUUUAGUGAAGCUUUAAAGAAGUACCACAUUGAACACCCCACAACAACUACCACGACAACAACUCAAGCCACCACAAGUUCAGCAAGGCCAGUUGAGAGACAACCAAGACCUGAUGGUGAACGAAGCAAAACACCCAAGACCAAAAAGACUAUUGGACGAGACGAGCUGUUGAAACAGCUCAAAGCUGCCCUCGCUGAAGCACCUCAAAAUGAUUUGGGUGAUAAACCUUACGAAACAAUGGACCUAGUCUUGCCAAGUGGAGAAAGAGUUCAAGUUAUCCGUACCCAAGAUCCAAAUUUAAUCAAAGGUCAACAAGCAAUCAGUCAGGAUCAACUUAAUGCUCUAAUAGCAAGUUCAAAUGGAAAGUCAGCCUCCAAGAGUUCAUCAAGAACUGUUGUGAGUGAGUUGCCUGACAAGCUAAAAGGAAUUAAACUUCCAGAGGGAGUUCAGAUUGUCAAAGCACCAGACAAUGCCGCGAAUGGUGAGGGUGGCUUAGACUUAUCGAGCUUGGCAAGCCUUUACGGAGGAGGUGGAAGUUCAUCGAGUGCAGGAGGAAAUAGUAUCGCCAGUUCAGCUGUUAUCUCAUCUGACUCUGAUGAACCACCAUCAAUUGAAGAACUCGCUAAAAGAGGUCUAAUUCCGGAAGGCUAUGAAAUCGAAGGUCUCAGUUCGAAGCCAAAACCUGCUCCAGCUCCAACAGCACCACCAAAAAAGAAAGCUACUUACGUCUAUCUCGAAGAACAAGCCGACGGAAGUUUCAAAAUUCAAGGAGUCAAGGCCAAUGGCGAGAAAGAAACAAAAACCACUGGUGCCGAAGUUGAAAGUAUUCUUGAGAGAAUCAGAAGCGGAGAAAUUAAAUUGCCACCCUCAGUGACGAGAUUAAUUCUGCCCAACGACCAAGAAGUAACCCUAGAUAAUGGAAAGAUUGUCCAACAACCCAGAACAACAACAACCACCACCACAACAACAAGACGCCCCACAACUACCACAACAACAACGACAACAACUUCAACCACUACACCAACUCCAUUCAUUCCAACAAGACCUCGAGUGACAGUAACAAGAAACUCUCAGCCAGUCUAUCCAACGACGGUAAUUCCACUUAACCAGCGAUCCAGUGAAGGUCAUUUGCUUCAGGAAUCCUCAAACUCAUAUCGCAGCACUCCAGACCCUAAUCAAUAUCAAGAUCCUUCAAUCCCAUAUGUGACAACAUCUCAUUCAAUUUAUGAACCUUCGAUUCAGAUAAGUUCCACAUACGCUCCAGUCACCGAACGUCUGACAGCCACAACUGUCGAGCAGCAGGUAAUCGAACAGCACAACCUUCCGAAUUUCAGUGAGGACCUUAUUCAAAUUCUCAAGUCGAAUGGUCUCUUUGCAAUGGCAAAGUAUUUAAGACAAUCGGGACUGGAUAGUAUUUUGAACGAAACCGGACCAUAUACAAUUUUUGUUCCAACCGACAAGGCUUUUAAGAAUCUCUUAAUUCAACUAGGAGGACCUGAGAGAGCAGAGGAAAAAUUCAAGUCAAACCCACGACUUUUGAGUGGGCUUCUUCUUCAUCAUGUGAUACCUGGAUCCUUUGAAAUAUCAAGCUUGCAGGAUGAAAUGACUGGAGUAUCGCUAGCAGGGACUCAGUUAAGGGUCAACCAAUAUACCAUGCACGAUCAGGAAUGGAAUGACGUCGUCCUGACAACAAUCAAUGGUGCUAUGGUAGUGAAUGACCGAAAGGACAUAAAGAUACCUCAAGGUAUCGCCCAUGCUGUGGACCGUGUAAUGUUCCCGUUGCCAGUUGGUGAUCUUCUUCAAACUUUGCAAUCUGAUCGAGAAGCAAGAUUUGCAACAUUCCUCAAAGUUGUAUUCACUUCAGGACUUUCUGAAAAACUUCAAGCAAAGGGUGUCAAAACCUAUACAGUAUUUGCUCCCACUGAAAAGGCAUUCAGAGAGCUUGAACCUGAUGUUCUAGAGAAACUACAAACCGACAAAGAUGCUGCCGAAGAAUUUGCCAUGAAACACAUUGUCCCCGGAACACUUUUCUCCGCCGGAAUGAGAUUUUAUCAAGUAAAAGACUCUCUACUUACUGGCAAAACUGUGAUCCUACAAAAGACAAGUGCUGGUAAAAUUAAGGUCAACGAUGCACAAAUGGUCACAUCAAAUAUUCCCUCAACGAAUGGUGUGAUACAUGCGAUAGAUGGUAUUCUUUCGUGAGACAAUAAAAACGAUUGAAGUCUAUUAAAUAUACAAAAGUUAUUUAGUCUA